AUGGAUGAAAUAGUUGAAACUUUGGAUCAGGUAUUUCAGUUGAGGCCAAAUGGUGCCGACCAGCGUCACGAAUCAGUCGCAAGUAGCGAUGACAAUGCAGAGAUUGACAAUCUAAAUGGACCAGAAGAUGAUUUCGAAGCAACCAGCGUUGAAGCUACAUUCGCGAAUGAACAGUCACUUGUUUUUGUUGAAGAAAGCUCUCAAAGUUCAUCUUCUGGACUUGGUUCAGAUUCUAGAAAACGAAAUGCACAGCCACAUGCUCCGGGUAAUCACAUAUCACCUGAUCAUAUUACUUGGAGAGCUGGUUUACCAACCAAUCGUCCUAUGGUUCAUUCCAUCGCUUGUUCGGCAUCUGGGGAUUUUGUCGCCGCUGGACUCGAAAGCAGUACCAUUGAAUUAUUUGCCGGGAAUGGAAAACGUCUUAACCACUCGGAAUCACUCUAUGGACAUAAUGGCGGAGUAUCUGCUUUACAUUUUAUCAAUGAUUCAUACCUUGUUAGCGGUGGAAAUGAUCGAAAUAUAUUUAUCUGGACGUUGGGUUCAGAAGUUACAGUACACAAUUUAUUCCAUGGUGAGAAAGUUAAUGCCUUUGAAGGUACACGCCUGAAUCGUAUAAUAGUUGCUGACUUCUCACCUGUCAUCCAAAACUCACGGGAAUAUCUCUGCUUAGACAGUGUCACAUCUUACUACUGACCAGAAACAAAUGAUCGUCACAACAAAACCGUUUUUGGUUCAUUGAUAUGGCAUACCGUAGAUACCUAUCAGAUGAUUUUUGGUAGAAUCCACCUUGUGUAUCGUCCGAGCUGUAGUCGGUGGUCGCGUGGGUAGAGAUUACAAUUAAAACUCGUUAAGGUAUGAAAUCUUCGCUGU